CCACUGCACCCUAAGGUUUAAAGUUUACCAACCCCAAAAACCCAAAUGCAAAAAUAAAGAAUAAAAAUGGCAUUUCUGAGGUCAGUGGCUACGACUACUGCCAUAGCAGCUGCCUUUGCAUUUCCUGCCGCCGUUGCCCUUUCUUCCCUCUCUCCGUCCUCCUCCUCCUCCUUUUUAUCUUUUCGAUUUCGAUUCCCAAAACCCCAAAACAGAGCCUUUCUGUCCUCCGCGCCGUCACUGCUCAACCCAAACCCUCCGUUCCUCGCUACAAGCUUCGCCCACUCGCCUUCGGCUACCCAGAUGGACGCGCCCGCAUCGGAGCAAAAGCCAUCCUUUCAGAGUGAUGGUGCGUUGCCAGAGCUACUGACAGAGUACAUGGUGGAUAUGAAAUGUAACGGUUGUGUUAAGUCUGUCAAGAACAAGUUAGAAACUCUUGAGGGGGUAAAAAGUGUAGAGGUAGACCUCAACAGUCAAGUCGUUAGGGUUCUGGGUUCAACGCCUUUGAAGACCAUGACUGAAGCUUUGGAGCAGACGGGGCAAAAAGGGAGAUUAAUUGGGCAGGGGAUCCCUGAAGAUUUUUUGGUUUCUGCGGCUGUUUCUGAAUUUAAAGGUCCAGAUGUGUUUGGUGUGGUUCGUUUAGCUCAGGUGAAUAUGGAAUUGGCUAGGAUCGAGGCCAACUUUAGUGGGUUGACUCCUGGGAAACAUGGUUGGUCGAUCAAUGAAUUUGGUGAUUUAACAGAAGGAACUAAAAGCACUGGAAAAGUAUUUAACCCAUCAAAUGAAGCAAACGAGCCGCUUGGUGACCUGGGAACACUGGAAAGUGAUGAGAGUGGUAAUGCCUUCUUCUCUGGGGUCAAAGAGAAGCUGAGAGUUGCUGAUCUUAUUGGGAGGUCAAUAGCGAUAUAUGAAACUGCUGAUAAGUCGGCCUCUGGUAUCGCGGCUGCUGUGAUUGCUAGAAGUGCUGGAGCUGGCGAGAACUACAAAAGGCUUUGCACUUGUGACGGAACCACCAUAUGGGAAUCAACGGGCAACGAUUUCGUCACCAGCAAGGUCUGAUAUCAACAACAAAACAUGCUUGAAGUCAAAAAGUAUAGUUGAAUUCAAAGGCACUUUGUAUAACCAGAAGAGUCAUCAUAUCUGUUUUUAUAAGAGUGAAAACAUUGUUUCGUUGAUAAAGGAAAUGAUUAGACUGAUUCGCAUC